AAACGAACAAAAAGCGUGUCGUUUCAGCUAAAAACGGAGCCUUUUCGUGCAACUCCUCCUCUUCACAAACGCAUGCAUCAUCAAAGCCUCCGCUGAAAUACCAAAUCGCAAAAAUAAGGGUUAAUUCGAUCACGGCGGAUUCUCUGCAAUCCUUCAGUUGCUUCAUCUAAAAUUGUAAUUGGAUUCCUGAUUUUUCUCUUAUUGGUAAAUUUUCCAGUUGUUUCCUUUUGAUUUGUCGUAUUAGCACCGCUGCCCUAGAUCACAAACCUUGCUGUUAUACGUAUUCAUUUCUGUGCCACGGGUGUUCCUUUUUUUGUUAGCUUUGUUGUUAUUAAGUGGGCAUGAUCUAUGGCUGCAUCAGACGGUAAAGUUUCCUAUGCAUCUCUUUCCAAUUUGGAAAAGGAGAAUAGCAAGUUUACCUAUGUGGAUGACUUUGAUGACACUGUGUGGACUGUGCAAGAAAGCCAGAACUCAGAUACAUUGAAUAGAAAAAUAUCAUAUCCGUUUCCCAUUGAUUCUGAAGAUUUUAUGGAUGGAGGGUAUGACUCGGGUGAGGAUCAGUACACGCCUGUACCACAAAAUGGCCCACCUGAGGUGAACUUGAGAAAUGUAAUGAAUGGAAUAUUUGCUAUAGUGACUGGGCGAAAUAAAGGUCAAUCAGGCGUUGGUAGUCUUCCCCAACUGCCAAGCUCAAAUGUUUCAUUCCUUGGAUCUGCAAAGAAUGGAGAGACCUUCUUGCAUUCUUCAGUUUACAUACCAAGUGCUCCUCCACUUCUGGAGCCGAAUGCUUCGAAUUAUAAUGCUUACAAAGAGGUGCUGGAAGCUGAACCACCAGAGUGGCUUCCAGACAGUUCAACGACAGUUUGCAUGCAGUGCAAUGCUCCCUUUACAGCUUUGACUCGUGGCAGACACCAUUGCCGCUUUUGUGGUGGUAUUUUUUGUAGGGUGUGCUCGAAAGGCCGGUGUCUAUUACCUUCCAGGUUUAGGGAGAGGAAUCCACAGAGGGUGUGUGACACCUGCUACGAUAGGCUUGACCCACUGCAAGGUGUAUUGAUCAAUACCAUCAGCAAUGCUGCCCAAGCUGCAAAGCAUGAUGUGAUGGAUUGGACUUGUUCAAGAGGCUGGUUGAAUCUUCCUGUGGGUUUGUCUAUGGAGCAUGAGAUAUACAAGUCAGCCAGUACAUUGAGGAGCUAUUGCCAGGUGGCUAGGAUGAACCCUGAGAAGUCCAUCCCUGCUGCUGUUUUGAAAGGAGCCAGAGGUUUAGCAAUCUUGACAGUUGCUAAAGCUGGGGCGCUACUCGCCUACAAACUUGGAACUGGCUUGGUUGUUGCCCGAAGAUCAGAUGGGUCAUGGUCUGCACCAUCUGCAAUACUCUCUGUUGGUUUAGGAUGGGGUGCUCAGGUUGGGGGUGAGCUCAUGGAUUUCAUAAUUGUGCUUCAUGAUAUCAAAGCUGUGAAAACAUUUUGUAGUCGCAUGCACUUUUCUCUUGGUGCUGGUUGCAGUGCUGCUGCUGGACCAAUUGGGAGAGUUGUAGAGGCAGAUCUGAGAGCUGGAGAAAAAGGUUCUGGCAUGUGCUACACUUACAGUUGCAGUAAAGGUGCUUUUGUUGGGGUCUCAUUGGAGGGCAACAUUGUUGCCACAAGAAUGGAUACAAAUCUGCGUUUCUAUGGUGAUCCAUACCUAACUACAGCUGAUAUCCUGCUUGGGACUGUAGCCUGUACUCCAAAUGGCGAUGCUAGUUCGGGCAGGCUCUUUAUAAGCGUUGAAGUUUCCUGAUAAGAUGCUCCUCACAACUCGGGUAAUAUAGUGCUCUGCCAGGAUGCCUGUUUGCCGUUGGAAAAUGCAAUAUAUUUGGAUCACAGGGGUGGAUAAAGUAUGUUAAACUUGUUUAUAUAUAUAUAUAUAUGCGUAUUUAUGACUUCCA